UCUCCUUUCAAGCAUGCAGCUGGUCGGAGAACUCCCAAUUCGGGAGUUCUAUCAGCCGUCGGCGAUUCUGCUUCCCAAAUCCUGGACAGCCAGGACCUGUCCCUGGCCGAGAUGCUGGCCAGGGUGACGGCCAACGAGUCCUGGGCCGACCUGGAGCUGUCCCGGGACGCGGACAGCGUGCUGAGCGUGCGCUGCUCCCAGCGGAGCGGCGGUAGUGGGCAACAGCAGCCGAUUGUGGAGGACGAGGAGGAGGAGGACGAGGAAGAGCAGACGACGAGGGAGAUGUCCCAGGUGUUCAACCUGGGCAGCGAGUGCCUCGACGCGCCUGAGCUCAGAGGCCCCAUCAAGGGCAGGCCGGCGCCGAGGAGCGGGUCCAGUUCCUCGUCCAGCGACUCGGAAGGCGACCAGCCCUACAGCCCGUCCCAGCUGGACGGCACGGACGACGGGAGUGGCCGGCCUUCCAACCCGGUCACCGGUUCAAGCUGCAAUGCGGCGAAGCGCUCGAGGCAUUCCUCUCCCACAAAGUCCACUCCGAAGGCCAUGGAUGCAACAGACGACCCCGGCGGCGGCAGUGGUGCUGUGGCACAGGCUCCCAGGGUGCAGACGGCGGACGCGGGAACGCAGACGGGGCUUCGGCCGCCCGUACUUGUGCGUCAGCUGCUCCGCAGGGCGCUGCCCAAGAAAGCGCCACGCAGGAGGAGGGAGACCAAGCUGUCCCUGUCUCUCCGGAGAGCGCAGCGACCAUCGUUGCCGCCCGAAAUGUCGUCUGAUGUUCGUGAAGCACCCGGGGACGCGAUUCCGGUGAACGAGUGGAGAAGGCGCAAGGUCGCCCGUCCCCCCGAGGGUCCGUCUGCUCUGAGCGCAUCGAUGGUUGGGAACGUCGUGAGUCCGACAAGGCAGCGGGGCGACAGCAAAGCACCGCCACCCUUCCGCGACGAUGCCUUCGCAUCCGAGGGCACCCUCUUCGGCGUUGCCAAGGGGCGGAACGUCGCCCGACCCUUCAUUGACGCGACGUCGUCGUCUCCCGGCAGUUUGGAGCUUCCGGAAGUUGCCGGUGCGGUUGAGACAAAUGGCACGAAUCGAGUUACUGAGGGCUGGGUUUGCGCGGCUGUACUGUCCGGGGUCGAGGAGCCCCCCACGUCUCCGGCGAUUGCGGACGCUGCGACGCCGGUCGUCGGGCGAGGAAAGGGCGACGCGGAGCCUCCUCGUGCUCGGGCGACGACAGUGCCUCCCCAAAGUCCUGGUACGCUGCGCGAUCGGGCCGGCUUCGAAGCUGUGCAGCCCCAUGCCGACGCGACGACCGCGACCGCUUCAGUCACUGCCGUCGCUGCAAUUUCAGCGACUCCGGCAAGCGAGCACGAUGCGGCACUCCCUCCGACGGAAAGAAUGUUUGCGUCCGCAAGUGCUUCGGAGGUUGCGAUUGUCGCGAAACCUGCGCGGGAUCGCAAAGAGCGCGUGGCUCCGCAACCUUCUAGCGAGGGCAAGCCGACAGUCAAGGCCACGCGGACGCUGUUGACGGAUGAGUGGAUGGACCCGCCUUCUCCUGAGGUGGCAGCCGUGGUUGGAAGUGAAGCUGACAACCGUUCUGAACUUCGGAGGUCGGUUUCGACCGAGAGCGGCACUUCUGAAGCUGUGGGCUACGUCUCCUUUUCGGACGCUUCUUCCAUGGACACGUUUCCCUGUGCACCUGCCGGGAGGAGGUUUUCGCAAGGUAAAAAGAAGAGUCCAAGGACAACGUCGAGCUCCAAGUCGAAAAAGAAGCCCCUGCUCGUGUCGAUGGCCGGAUUGCUCAAAAAGCGUGAGCAGGCGAGUCCGUGGAAGGAGGCAACAGCACGUCCGGAAGUCUGCGUCGUACGCCUCACCCGCCUCACUGACGAAGAGAUCGCCAAGUGGAGACAGGAUUCCACGAGCAACGUAACCCGUUUCCCGCAACGAAGGUCGAGCAGCGACGACGACGAAGCGCUCAUCAUCAUAAGGAAAAAAAAGCACGGGAAGCGCAAAAAAGACUGUCUCAACGAGGCAGGGCCGUCGGAAAUCAGAAAGAGCAGAAGGCCGGAAGACGACGUUCCGAAAGGCGAAGUCGGUGCCCACAAAAGCGAAGGUCGCAGGGGAGCAAAGCGGAGGUCGAGCGUGGCGUCUCCCACCCGUCGGCUUUCCGUCGAGACACUCUACACGACGAGCGGCGCUGAAGAGCGGGUCCAGACGAAGCAAAUGGCGAGCCAGCUUGCCUCGUCUCGAGCGCCGUACACCCUGGAAAAAAGUGCCGGCGAUGGCAUUGCGAAGAAGAGCAGCGAGGAAGCCAGGAAGGCUGUCCCAGAGAAAAAGAGGAAGGGCGUGGCCGAGAAUGCGAAGGUCAAGAGCGUGGAAAGGCGGAAAGAGGUCGACGAGGCCGGCGAAAACCGGUCGCUACAGGAAGGUGGCGCUGGAGAGGACUUGGCCAAGGCCGUCGAAUGUUCCGAGUUGCGGAAGGCCGACUCGACCCGAGAUGGGGGGAAGGACAGCUUGGCCAAAGGCCCGACCGUUGGUCCUCAAGUUGGAAUUAGUGCCGACAGCCCUUUGGGCGGUUCUGUUGGAGACGGUCCAGCAAAGACGAAGCCGAGAGAGGAGAAGGUGUCGGGCGAGAAGGGAACGACCGCCAAAGCGAAGCAUAAAGAGGCGAAGACGAAAACUGCUUCGAAAGGUGCUUUUUCAAAGCAUGGCAAAGAUAGAAGUCUUUCAUCUAGACUGAAUGUUAUGGACAGCAUUGAUAGAGAUGAUAAGGGGAGCGUUCAGGACACUUCAGCAAAGAGAUCGGACAAGAAGCAGUCGGUGCCUGCUGGUAGGCAGCAGAAGGAUACGAGGAAAUCUUCCAGCUUGAAGACAGCCCAUAAUAGAAAUCAGACGGCCGACGCACUUGAGCUUCAAAAAGGAUGUGCCUCUAGGACUCAUCAGAUUUCAGGAAGUGACCAGGAAGCAACGGAGAAGAAAAAACUCGCAAAUGUGCCGGAAAGUGAAAGUGUAUCUGGUUUUACAACGGACAAAGAGGAGUCUUCAAACUCUACUGUGGACAAGGAGGCUGGCAACUUACCUGCAAAUGUUGGCAAGGGAGAUAGCAGUCUGCUUGGAGUGGCAGACUCACAUUUAAGAGCUAAGGGUCCAACACAGAGCGCCGAGAAGGGUGGUGGCAGCAAAGAAAGCAAAGUCGAUGACAAGGGUAGGGGGCACGCUUCUAAAGUUGUUGAGAAGGACAAGAGGGAAGAGCCGAAUGUCCGCCGAAGUAAAAGUUUGUCUUCAACUGUGAGCGAGUCUGGGAUCAGUGUUUCGGAUAAAUUGGGAAACGGCAUCAAGCAAAGACAUAAGGAAAGUGAGUCGGAUAAAAAGAAGGAAAAACACGAGGUUCCUAAAUUGGGUAGAGACACGGCGACGACGGAAAAAAUGGAUAAAAAGGCUAUGACUGAUGAGGUGACCAAGCAGGUUGAGAAGGCUAAACCACGAAUCUCGUCGUCCAAGCCCGAUAAAAAGUCGCAUAAAAAAACUGCAACGGCCAAAACCAAUAACUCCAAAGCUCCAGAUAAUGUCACUGCAUCAACUUCAGGUACAACGAUUCAGAGCAGUCCUAUGGCACUACCAUCGUCGGCAAAAAGCACUUUAGAGCAAAUAUUUGCAGCAAAAAUCCAACAUGAGAGUCCUGUUCCUGAAGAGAGUUGCGAGGCAGGAGCUGUGGCCUCGGAACAAGAAAAGGGGCUUGUGAGAACCCACCACCUGGAUUCCCAAGGUGCAAAACACAAUACAGAGCAUGGCAGCAAGUCCAGCACAAAGAAACUGACAUAUGAAACAUCUAAGAAGGUCAAGAAAUUGUCUAGAAGUCCUUCCAGGCAGGCUCUUGCUGCUGAGAAGAGUGGCGCAGAAGAGGGUGGCACAGAGAAAAAGAAUGCGGAGAACAGUAGCACGGAGGACAUCGCUGGUGCUUCUGAUCCUGUCAUGUCUUCCGAGAAAGAAAGAAAGGAAAAGGGUCUAGAGAAACAUAACAAGGCCAAAGAGGUGCAUACACAUCUUACUGCUGCCAAACUUCCAACUGCUCUUGACUCUGCAGUUAGGAACUCAAAAGUGAGUGAAAGCACUGGCCAGCCUACAACAAGCACAUCAGGACCAAAGCAGACAAAACUAGGGUCUGCUCGAAGGAAGAACAAGCUAUCGAUGGACCCUUUUGAGAAUGUUCAACAUUCUGACAACAGUGAAGCUACCUCUGACAGUUCUGCACCUGCAGUGUUUAUCGUUAGCAAACAUAUACCUCAGUCAAGUGGUGGUUCAGCGCUGACAAAGUUUAAGGGUAAUGCUCCUGAAGGGGAGUCUACCCAUCAUCAAAAGGAGCUCGUCAAAACAUCAGCGUUCAAUACUUUGUCUUUGAAGCUUUGCACAAAUCCUGCCAAGAAAUCACAGUUGCUAAGUGAGCCCAAUGCAGAGGCAGAGGCCGUGAAAGUCCUGGGCAUUGCAGCUGAGGACGUGGGCAGCCUCCUGCAGAGCAGAGAUGCUAGCAUGUCCCUAGAUGAGACAGUAAUUGCAGAUGCUGGUAAACCUGACCAGUUAAAGUCUUCAUCAAAAUUGAAAAGAACCAAAGGGGAUUUGAAAAACAGUGGUGCAGAGAACCCUACUGCUAUGCUUGGAAAUGCAGUCACCCUGAUUGUUGAUGCUCCUGCUGAGAAACUGGUUGCACCACAGAUGUCUUCUCAAAGUCUGCAGGAAUCAUCUGUUAGUGCUUCACUAGCCACUACAAAUAUGAACGAAUCCCUUACAAAAGUAACUCCAGAUGUUGCACCAUCCAUAAUAAAGUCCACUGCAGCAGUGGAGUCUUCUCAAAAACAAAAGAAAUUUUUAGUUAGUGUUCCACAAAUUACUGAUGCGAAGAAAAAUGUUUCAAAAUCAGAUUCUUUGAAGAGGCAUGAUUUAAAACCAGAGGCUUCGAAAGCAAAUGCUUCAAAUGUGGUUGCUUCAAGUGUAGAUGACUCAAAUACAGAUACCUCAAAAAUCGAUGCUGUAAUAGCUGAUGUACCCCAAUCCAAUGCUCCCAAAACCAGUGCUCCAAAAGCCGAUGCUCCCAAAGCCGAUGCUCCAAAAGCCGAUGCUCCAAAAGCCGAUGCUCCAAAAGCCGAUGCUCCAAAAGCCGAUGCUCCAAAAGCCGAUGCUGCAAAAGCCGAUGUUCCAGAAGUUGAUGCUCCAGAAGCUGAUGCUCCAAAAGUCGACGCUGCAAAUGCCGAUGCUCCAAAAGCCGAUGCUCCAAAGGGCGACGCUCCUAAAGCCGAAUCUCCAAAAGCUGGUGCUCCAAAAGCUGGUGCUCUAAAAGCUGGUGCUCCAAAAGCUGGUGCUCCAAAAGCUGGUGCUCCAAAACCUGGUGCUCCAAAAGCUGGUGCUUCAAGAGCUGAUGUUCCAAAAGCCAACGCUCCAAAAUCAGUUACCCCAAAAGCUGACAUUCCAAAAGCUGUGGCUCAAAAAGCUCUUGCUCAUAAAGCUGUUGCUGCAAAACCCAAUGCUUUAAAGGCCACAACUUCAAAAUCCAAAACUCUAAAAGCUGAUGCUCCAAAAACCGCUGCUCCUAAAGUCGAUGCUCCAAAAACCGAUGCUCCAAAAGACGAUGCUCCAAAAACUGCUGCUGCUAAAGGCGAUGCUGCAAAGGCCAAUGCUGCAAAGGCCAACGCUUCAAAGGCCAACGCUGCAAAGGCCGAUGCUGCAAAGGCCGAUGCUGCAAAGGCCGAUGCUCCAAAGGCCAAUGGUGCAAAGGCCGAUGCUGCAAAGGCCAAUGCUGCAAAGACCGAUGCUGCAAAUGCCGAUGUUGCAAAGGCGGAUGCUGCAAAGGCCCAUGCUGCAAAGGUCGAUGUUGCAAAGGUCGAUGCUGCAAAGGACGAUGGUGCAAAGGACGAUGGUGCAAAGGAUGGUGCUGCAAAGGACGAUGCUGCAAGAGUCGAUGCUCCAAGAGUCGAUGCUUUGAAAACCAGUGCUUCAAAAUCAGUUGCUCCAAAAUCAACUGCUUCGAAAGCCAGUGCUUCAAAGGGAAAGACUUCAAAAUCAGGUUCCUCAGAGGCAGAUGCUUCAAAAUCAGUAGCUUCAAAGGGAAGUGCUUCAAAAGUAAAUGCCACAAAAAUGAACGCAUCAGAAGCAAAAGUUUCUAAAACAAAUUUACCAGAAGGAAGGGUGUCAAAACAAAAUACUUCAAAAGCAAAAAUUUCCAUUGCAAAAGCAGUUAACUCAGUAGUCAUAACUCCCAAAAACAUAGUUGCAGCAGAGCAGCUUUCUCAGGGUGCUCAAACAUCUUCAGCUACCACCUCAGUUGACAAAUCAGCCAUUAUUUCCUCCGCUAAGGCUCCAGAGAAGUCAUUUCAACAGGACUUUCAAAAUUUACAGAAGUCUUCUGCGGGCACCUCCUUAGUAAGUGCCAAGCAAAGAAAAAUUUCAUUUACUGAGGCAAUCACUCCGGUCACCAGUCCUGCCAUAGAGAAGCUAGUUGCACCAAAGCGGUUCGCUGAAGGUCCGAAGAAGUCCCUGACCAGUGCUAUGUCAUCAAGUACACCACAAGCAAAGCCUCCAUUUGGUGAUGCGACCAUUUCAUCCACUGCAAAGGAGUUAUUAGCCCCGGAACAGUCCUCUCGAAACCCUUUAAAGCCCUGUAACAUAGUCUUACAAGCUUCCAACUCGAACGAAGCGAUGAUCGACUCAGUUGCUGUCACCUUGAAGCAGGCCCCUGCACAAAAUCUAAGCACUCGCAAGUCUGUGGCAAUUGUUUCAAAAGUGAAGGCUUCCCCUACCCCUGUCCUUGCUACCGUUCUGGCUCCCGUUACCGAGAUGACUAAGAAAGCGUCGGUUUUACCAAAGCAACCUGCUCAAAAUCUACAGAAGUCUUCGACUAGAGACUUGGCUGUACCAGCUGGAAGCACGGGCUCUACAGUUGGCUCAGAGGCGAGCAAGAAACUGGAGAAAGGUCUGCCCCAGCCCAGUAAGCCUGGUUCCAGGCUGCCUACACCUAUUGUUGGCCAGGACUCUCUUCUAACUGACUCAACUUUUUUCCAGAACAAUGGUAGUGAUCUGCCAAAGCCCACGGCUAUAGCCGAAAGGUUAAAAACAAAGUCAACUUUGAGUGAAUCAAACCUGUCCGCUGCCCCAGCCCUAGGGCCUUCAGCGUUCGAAACUUCGGACGCGAAUGCUGAUGACGAGAAGGAUGUGGAGGGCAGCGACCUAAGCGACAUGGAUGACUUCUUUGACGACUUUGAGAAUGCGGGACAGUGGAUCACCGUCGACGAAGCUGGAGAAGAAUCGGAGAGCUCUCAGGAACUGUUUGCCAGCCAGGGGGAGUUGUCUUGUGCUUCUGUGAAGUCUGCCCCCGAUUCAGGGUCAGCCGAAGUGUUUGGGAGUAACGAGACUCCCGAGGCUUGCAAGGGGGAUCCCGCAUCUGCCAGGGGUCAAGAUGAGCCGACGACUUCAGGAGCUGAGCACUGUCCCUCAGGUCAUCAUGCUUGUGAUUCUGUAGUGAUCUCAAGCUCCCAGCAGGUUGAAGUGCCCAAGGAGGUGGACGGCAGUGGUCCCUGCACCAAGAGCACUUUAAUCGAAGACUGGCGUCUUGAAGUAUCAAAACCUAAAGACUUUGCUACUAGUCCUGGUGAUGUGGGCAAGGAUUGUGGGAAGCAUAACAGACGGAAAAUGAAUGUUCCAGUCGCCCUUCAGUCUGGAGUGAAGGGCCUGGCAUCUGCAGUCGAGACAAACAAACAUUCUGCCGCUGAAAAGGUCAGCAUUGUAAAUACGAUAGAAAAUCUAGAUCAGAAUGAGAACUUCGGAGCUGCCCACAACCUUCCUGAGAGUACGCUGGGGCCUAGCCACAGCAUGAACCCCAAAGCCAUGCUUGAGAGAAAUAUAGGGAGUGCUACUUUUCUAGCUGGCAAGAGGAAAGCCAAUAUUGUCGACGUCGAAAACAUAGACACAGACGAAAAUCGACGCAACAAAGCUGAUGCUUAUGCGGGAAGUGCUAGUGGUUCCGCAGAAGCACAUCACAGCGAUAGUCUUGAUUGUAGUUCAGUCUGUUUACAACAACACAGUGCGAGGGAACAGAAGGAUUUUGCUGAGUUGCUCAGUGAAAAAGGCAGCUGCUUAGAGGAAUCAAAGGCUGCGAACGCCGACGAAUCUGGCAGCACGAUCACUGAGGAGAAGUCAAGGGAGGAGUCCAUAUUGAAGAGUGAGGUGUCCGCCCUGGAACGCUUGCAGGACGAUCUGGAAGAAAAGGAAGCUCUGCUCAAGACAGGAGAAUCCGGGAAGUGCAAUGCAAACGAGGAGGAGAGGGAAUUCGACGACGAUGUGGCGUUCGACGAUGACAUCGGCGAUCUUCCCGACGUGAUCGAGGAACUGUUGGACACUACAGUGGAGGCUCCGCUACCCGAACUGGACGUCGAUUCUCUUUUGCAAGCUGACCAGUCCUGGUCCCUCGAAGCAGGUCAAGACCCAGGCAAAGCGUCGGCUGGAGGCUCCUCGAAGGAACCUUCGAGGCAAUCGUCUGAGUCCUGCCCAUCCAAGGAAGACCCCGAGCGAGAUGCCGAACCCGGCUUUGCGACGACGGCAACGUCGAACCAGAUGGUGGGAAUGCGCUGCGACUCCAACUCGUCAGACCUGGCCUUUCCCAUGGUGGUUCCGGAGGGCGACGGAUCCGGGAUCCAUAGCUUCUACAUGGAUGACAGCAUCAUCAAAGACCUCACCAAAUCGACAAGCCUGGCGAGCAAGCAGUCGUGCCGGCUCACGAGCGAGGGGCUCGUCGCCCUGGUACCGGCUGCGGCGCCACCCCACUUCGAAGAAGUCGCCGCGACGCUAGACACAUGCGAUGCAGCCCUCGUCGCGAAGAAGCGCCAGGGCCUCUCCCACUGGCAGGGCGUGAAGCUGCAAGGGUUUGCGCCCAACUCUAGCUUUGACGUGGACUUCGAACAGAACCCGGAGCUGAGGAUUGCCUUCUGCCGAGACCGCACCGUUGUCUUGACCCCGGCCCGCUUUCCGCCGUCGAGCAAGGCGGUUCGGAGGUGGGCGAAGAGCUGCAGGGAACCUCCGGAGGCACCGGCGGCGCAAAAGGGGCGCAGGUCGUCUCCGCCGGCGCUCCGACUCGACCGCUCCAACGAGGAGGAUGACUUCGACCCGAGCUUUAAGGAGGACCUGGACUUUGUGAGGCACAGCACACCCGUGGCGAAGGAGGACGGACGCGCAGGCACUAGGACGAGGGGACGUGCCGCGCUGGAAAGGAGCGAGAGAAAGGGCAGGGCUCGUCUCGAGCUGAGUCUGCCUCCGAGCGGCCAGAGUGCGGCGACCGGUUCGAGUGCGAGGGCGUCUCUGAAUUUGUUGGCGGCGACCCCUGCGUCCCCGGCGUCGUCGCCGCUGAAGCCUCUGGACUUCAAUAUAAAGGAGGAGAGGCCGGGCAGGAACCCCGCCUUGAACAGCAGCACGUCCCAGCUGGAUGGUCCCACACGCUCUGGGACCUUCAAUUUUGGCUACAGUGGAGGAGACCUGCAGCAGGCAAAAGGCACCAGUACGAGCCAGAUGCUGACGUUGCUGAGCGUGGAGGUGCAUGUGCACACGCGCGACGACCUCCAUCCGAAUCCUGCUUAUGACCCGGUGCAGUGCAUCUUUUACUGUGUCCACAACGACCCGCAAGAAGACGACUCGGCCGCGACAACCCUUGUGGGUGCACUCUCGGUGCGCGAAGUGCGGUCGGUGCAGCGGGGUCCGUCCCCCUCGGAGGUGGACGACCUCGAAGACCUGAUCUCCGGCGGCGGCUCGUCGUCCUCGAGAGGCCGUGCCCCCGGGGGAGGCCGUGCCCCGCCCAAGGAGUGCGGCCUCCUUCGGAGGUCGGGGGUCACCAACCUCACGGUCAGCGAGGUGGCCGGGGAGGUGGAGCUCUUCGCCGCACUCGUGGAGCUCGUCCGGAGGUGGGACCCAGACAUCCUGGUGGGCUACGAGAUCCAGAAGUCGUCGUGGGGCUACCUGUUGGAGCGGGGCAGCCAGCUGCGGCUCGACCUGGCCUCCAUGCUGUCCCGGGUGCCCAAGAGCCCUGAGGAACACCCCAGGGAGGCCGGGGACCCCGAGGGAGACGCCGUGCUGGACAGGGACGUCGUCGUGCCCGGCCGCAUCGUCCUCAACCUCUGGAGGAUUAUGCGCAAGGAGGUGACGCUGAACAUCUACACCUUCGAGAAUGUCUACUACCAUGUGGUGCACAGACGGGUGCCCCUUUACUCCUUCAAGGUGCUGACGGAGUGGUUUGCUCAUGACACCGACUUGUUCAGGUGGCGCACGGUGGAGCAUUACGUGAUCCGAGCCAGGGGCAACCUGGAGCUGCUGGACCGGCUGGAUGUGGUGGGCAAGACGAGCGAGAUGGCCCGCAUCUUCGGCAUCCAGUUCUUUGAGGUCCUCAGUCGGGGGUCGCAGUUCCGGGUGGAGUCGAUGAUGCUGCGGCUGGCUCGGCAGCGGGGCCUGGUGGCCCUGAGCCCGUCGGUGCAGCAGCGAGCGCGCAUGCGGGCCAUGGAGUUCAUCCCGCUGGUCAUGGAGCCCCAGUCUCACCUGUACACCAGCCCCGUGGCCGUGCUGGACUUCCAGUCCCUCUACCCGUCCGUCAUGAUCGCCCACAACUACUGCUUCUCCACCUGCCUGGGGCGGCUGGACCACUUUGGCAGCGGGGAACCAUUCGUGUUUGGCUGCUCAUCUCUGACUGUUCCAGUGACACUUCUCAAUAUCCUUAGAGAGUACAUCAGCGUGUCUCCUGCUGGAGUGGCCUUUGUUCAGAGCUCCGUGCGCAGAGGCGUGCUUCCUCAGAUGCUGGAGGAAAUCCUGAACACGCGGUUGAUGGUGAAGCAGUCCAUGAAGGAGUGCAAAGACGACAAGGUGCUGAGGAAAGUGCUGGAUGCUCGCCAGCUUGGCCUGAAGCUGAUCUCGAACGUGACCUACGGCUACACAGCGGCAAGUUUUUCGGGCAGGAUGCCAUGCGUUGAGCUGGCCGACAGCAUUGUGAGCAAGGGCCGGGAGACCCUGGAGCGCGCCAUCAAGACAGUCGAGGCCACCUCCCGCUGGGGCGGGCAAGUCAUCUACGGCGACACUGACAGCAUGUUCGUGCUCCUCCAAGGCAAGACCAAGGAACAGGCAUUCCAGAUUGGGCAGGAAAUUGCAGAGGUGGUAACUGCCCAGAACCCCAAGCCUAUCAAACUUAAAUUUGAAAAGGUGUACCUGCCGUGUGUCCUCCAAACCAAGAAGCGCUACGUCGGCUUCUCCUACGAGUCCCCCGACCAGACGGAACCUACUUACGACGCCAAGGGGAUUGAGACCGUUCGGAGGGACACCUGCCCCGCCGUCUCAAAGCUGCUGGAAAAGUCUCUCCGUCUGCUGUUUGCCGCGGGGGAAGUGGCUCCCGUGAAGAACUACCUCAAGCUGCAGUUCUCCAAGAUGCUCUCUGAGCAAGUCAACCUGCAGGACUUCAUCUUUGCCAAGGAGUUCAGGGGCCUGAGUGGCUACAAGCCUGGCGCCUGCGUGCCCGCACUGGAAAUUGCCAGGCGCAUGGUGCGCAAGGACCCACGGCUGGAGCCCCGGGUGGGGGAGCGGGUGCCCUACGUGGUGGUGUACGGCUCUCCGGGCCUGCGGCUGAUCCAGCUGGUGCGGCACCCGCUGGAGGUGCUCUCGGACCCAUCCCUGCGCCUCAAUGUGCACUACUACGUCACCCGGGCCGUGGGGCCCGCCCUCAACCGGGUGCUCGGUCUGGUCGGCCAGGACGCCCUGCAGUGGUACGGGGAGCUCCCGAGGCCGGCGUCUGGCACGGCGGGCGUGGUGCGGGGCAGGGGCGGCCCCAACACCAUCGGCCGGUACCUGGUGUGCCAGCUGUGCCCGGCCUGCGGGGCCCAGUCCCCUAGAGAGGGGCUCUGCCCCAGCUGCAAGGCCGACCCCGGGUUCGCCGCCCUGGCCCUGGGAGACAGGGUGCACCGGGUGCAGGCCGCCCUGCACGACAUACAGCAGAUCUGCCAGAGCUGCAUGGGCUUCCGCGGAAGCGAGUGCAUCUCGACGGACUGCCCGAUCCUGUACAAGAAGGCGAGGGUGACGUACGAGGCCAAGCAGGCGCGGGCGUGGCACAACACAAACUCGACUGCCCAAGCCAGAGGCUUUGCCUCCCACCACUAGGCGUAGGGGGGCGGCGUUCCCGGCGGGCAACGUCGGCAGGUCGCUACCUCGGUUCUGCGAGAACCACGACGAGGGCCGACCGAGCGAUCGGCCACUUCGUGCGCCACGUCCAGUGCUUACACCGCGACAAUGAAGGGAUCGGAGGGUGAACGAUUGCGCCGAGAGGUCCGACGGAGGUGCGUUGCAAGCACGAAGGAAAUCAUCCCGGCUCAAGACUCGAAGCGGUUUCUUGUUCUGUGCCUCGCGUAAUACGAAGCGGACGGCAUCCUCUACCAGUUUGACCUUGUUUCUUUUGUCGUUUAAUGGUGUACAGUGAGAUGCAACUGUACUUUUGUUUUUGUUUGUGUGUUACAAGCGAGCGUGUUCGAAUUCGAGAGCCAUCUCGUCGUCGGUGUUUGCGACAGAUGCCGACCAAAUGGCGUUUUAGCGCCGCGGGUCGUGCCGUGAACUUUUGUCUCAUUCUUCGUUCUCCCGAUUGUUGGCCGUGUUUGUGGGGAGGGCCUGUUGCAGCCAUAGUUGGAGGAGAACGGCCAGUGUUGGUGGCGUGUUAUGUUUACGUUACGACGUUCGGAGUAUAACUGGCCUGCCAAGGCAGCUGGAUCCACAGAAUCUCUAAAGUGCCUUCCCAAACAUGCUGUUGCACCUAUUUAACUAGUCAUACCUGCCAUGUAAGUCAAAGCGGCUGCAUGGUCCGCAUGGGGAGGCAGCAUUUCCACUGUGCAGUCUGUACAAAGUGAUGCUUCAAUACUGAAUUUUCAUCUUUGUUUUCCAAAGUCAUGCUCAUUCAAGCGAAAAAAUUGGCAAAAAUGUUUUUUUUUAUUAUUUAGAUUUUUUUGGCUUGUAGACUAAAUUGCAACGAAAUGCCAUUUUGCUGUUUCACAUUGCCUAGUCAUUGUGGUUGCCCUUGAGUAGUGUGUGGGGAAGCAAUGCAAAGGCAUUCAUUGAAUAAAGUUAUCCUUUCAAGCACGUGAA